UACCGUCCACCCCACGUCCGUCCGUCCGUCCGUCUAUCCAUCCGCUGAGGCCACGGUCACAAAAGAGACAGGAGAAAGGGAAAGAGAGAGAAAGAGAGGGAGAGAGAUCCGGAUGGGUCGAGCGUUCGUGUACGUGAUACUCGGCGGCGGCGUCGCCGCUGGCUACGCUGCCCUCGAGUUCGCGCGCACGGGAGUCGCCCACGGCGAGCUCUGUAUCAUCUCCGAAGAAACCGCCGCACCUUAUGAAAGGCCUGCAUUAAGCAAAGGAUAUUUACUUCCAGAAGCCCCUGCACGCCUGCCUUCAUUUCAUACUUGUGUGGGUGCUAAUGAUGAGAGAUUGACACCAAAAUGGUAUAAGGAGCAUGGCAUUGAACUUGUUCUUGGAACCAGAGUCAAGUCUGCUGACGUGAGGAGGAAGACAUUGAUCACUGCAACUGGUGAAACUAUCAGUUACGAGAUACUCAUAAUUGCAACAGGUGCUCGGGCUUUAAAACUUGAAGAAUUUGGAGUGAGGGGAUCAGAUGCUGAAAAUGUUUGUUAUCUGCGCAAUUUGGCUGAUGCAAAUAGGCUUGUGGCCGUAAUGCAAACAUGCACUGGUGGGAAUGCUGUUGUUAUUGGUGGUGGUUACAUAGGAAUGGAAUGUGCCGCAGCAUUGGCUACAAAUCGAAUAAAAGUAACCAUGAUUUUUCCUGAAGCACAUUGCAUGGCUCGUCUGUUUACACCGAAGAUUGCCGAGUUUUACGAGAAUUACUAUAAGUCAAAGGGGGUUAAAUUUAUCAAAGGAAAUGUCCUGACAUCGUUUGAAAAUGACUCGGAGGGAAAGGUGAAAGCAGUGAUCCUUAAAGAUGGUACCCGUCUUCUGGCUGACAUGGUUGUGGUGGGUAUUGGUAUCCGUCCAAAUACCGGUCUUUUUGAAGGUCAACUACAUCUGGAGAAAGGUGGGAUUAAGGUCAACGGACGAAUGCAGACAAGCAACACCUCUGUUUAUGCUGUUGGCGAUGUCGCUGCUUUUCCCGUCAGACUCUUUGGUAAUGAGAUCCGCCGCCUCGAGCAUGUUGACUCUGCUCGGAAGACUGCAAGGCAUGCUGUUGCGGCCAUCAUGGCACCCAAGACAACAGGUGAUCUUGACUAUUUGGCCUUCUUUUACUCGAGAGUUUUCACACUUUCUUGGCAGUUCUAUGGUGACAAUGUUGGAAGCGUCAUCCAUUUUGGAGAUUUUAAUAGUGGGAGAUUCGGUGCCUACUGGACCAAUAAGGGUGUGAUUGUUGGGGCUUUCCUUGAGGGUGGAAGCAGAGAGGAUUAUGAAGCGAUAGCCAAGGCUGUUAGGUUCAAAGCGGCAGUGAAAGAUACCCAUGAACUUGAAAGCGCAGGGCUUGAAUUUGCUUUGAGAGAGAGUCAGCAGGCAGCCCCAGAAGGUGGGCUUCUUGUGGAAAGAUUAUCAUAUACACGAUAUGCCACAGCUGGUGUUGCUGUAGCGCUGUCAAUUGCUGCUUUUGCUUACUGGUAUGGGAGGAGGCGCCGUGUAUGGUAAGGUAGAAGGUGCAAAAAGUGGUAUAGUUACCCCGUAUACUGCAACAUAUGGAAGCUUGUUCUAGCAUAAAAGUCAUAUUCCUUGUACCAUAACGAUCGCCAUAUGUCUGAACAACUACAUUGUUAUGUAACAAUGCAAGUCCAACAUAUUCUAAUCUAUUAUGUUUCUUUCCUGCUUACA